AUGCUUUCUUUCGAGUUUAUUGAAUUGGAAAAUGAGGAAAUUCAGAAUAAACAAGUACGAAGACAGGAAUUGCGACGACAAACCGAUCCUAUUUUAGACCUAGAUGAUUCCGAAUUUAUAAAACGAUAUCGGCUUUCAAAGGAGUUAGCUCAAGCUUUGUGUGAUGAAAUAAGACCCCUUUUAAGACAACCAAAAAAGUCUACAGAUUUGUCGGCUGAGCAAAAGGUUUUGACAACUUUAUCCUUUUAUGGAACCGGUUCUUACCAAAGACCAAUUGGAGACAUUAGUGCGCACUCACUUGCUCAGCAAACUGUGUCCAAAGUCAUAAAUGAGGUCACAGCUUGCAUUGAUUCUCCACAAUUGAGAAUGAAAUAUAUCCGUUUCCCUCAAAAUUUUGCAGAAAGAAAUACAAUUAGAACAAAAUUCUACCAAAAAUUUUGUAUGCCUGGUGUAUUGGGAUGUAUAGACUGCACUCAAAUUGCUAUUAUCAGACCAGCCAUACAUGAAGAAAGAUACUUUUGUAGAAAACACUAUCAUUCAUUAAAUGUUCAGUUGAUUUGUGAUGCAGAAAUGCAAAUAUUAAGUGUAGAUUCUAGUUAUGGAGGUGCAACACAUGACUCUUUUAUAUGGAAUACACAUCCCAUAAAAACCUUCUUGGAAAACCUCAAUGAAUUAACAUGGCUACUAGGUGAUUCUGCUUAUCCAUUGCGAAAAUAUAUGAUGACACCAAUUUUAAAUACCGUUACUGGCACACCCGAGAGUCAUUACACUGACGUCCAUGCUCGCACAAGAAACCUAAUCGAAAGGACAAUUGGACUUCUUAAAGCACGUUUUCGGUGUCUAUUAGUUCACCGCGUGUUACAUUAUACACCAGAGAAAGCAGCAUCAAUUGUUAAUGCUUGCGUAAUCUUACAUAACAUGUGUAAUGAAGCGCAAAUUCCUGUGCUUGAUGAAGGCCAAGUGGGCCAAAUGGAUGAGUCCUCGGUUAAUGUCUUCUACAAUAAUGAAUACUUAAAUAAUGAGCCUCUUCACCAAGGUAUGCUUACAAGAAACAACCUCGUUCAGCGAUUGUGGCAAUCACCUGAAAAUCAAUUGUAUAAUUAA